ACAAUUUUAUUUUGGUGGAAAGUCGUAGGCGGGCAGUAAUACACCUGUAUUAUUAAUUAGUAGUUUGCCUGUGACGCAAUGCCUCGUCUCCAAAUCGUAAAUCAUCGCCCUUUUCCGUUACCUCUCGCGUCUUCAGAGCCAGCGAUGCUGCUUAUGUCACAGCAGCAGCAGCAGCAGCACCAGUCGAACAAGUCGGUCCGGCGGAGCUGAGAACGAGAACGAUGGUGGCGGUCGUCAUUCCGAUUCUCUUACUGUCCAUUUGAUGAAGAAAAAUACGGCUCCCGCCGACGAAGCCAGUUGUGCAAUGGAAGGACAUGUUUUUCCCGACCAAGAGCAGCUAUUGCAGUUUCUGAGGAGGCUCAAAGAGGUUUUCGACGUGUGUGACGAGGAUGCUGACGGCUUCAUCCGGGUGGAGCACUUAGUGGAUCUCGGUCUUCAGUUCGGCCAAGGAGACGAGGUGAAGGCCUUGUCCAGGUACCUGGAUCCUAACGCUGAUGGGAAAAUCAACUUCAAAGACUUUUGUCAUGGUGUGUUUGCUAUCAAAGGUUGUGAGGAGAUACUGAAGAUGGCUGUGGGCCCUCGCAGUGCUACCUCCAACCAGCCAUCUGUUACUGACAAUGGUUACAUUUACCAGGACGGUGAGGCCAGGCUGGGAGCUCCGAUUAUCAUGUGUACUCGGUCCUAUCCAGAGUGCAGAGUGUACAGUGAGGGUUGUGGGGCUGACGGGGAGUGUGACAUGGACAGCAGCACUGAAAACACCAACGGCUCGACUUUUUGGACCCAAACAAGGAAAGACAG